AUGGCAUCCAAACGUGUUUGUAACGCGACUGCAAGCUUAUGCCGUACAGUAUGCCAUCCACAUCCGCAUAGACAGCUCGUCUCUGCCCGCUCAUAUCAACUGCAGCUAAAUCUGCAAUCAAUCCUCAGACCACAGUCAUUGGCCUUCUCGACAUCUCCUAGUUAUCUAAAGAAGUCUUCAGCGAACAAAAAGUCCUCCAAAAAAUCGCCGGAUGUUGGUCCACCUGAUGUAGAAGAGCAUGUACCCGAUAACCAGGCUACAAAGGAGAGGGAUGCUGAUAUCGACCCAUAUGAUUUCAGUCAACUUGAGGCGGGUAUUGCAUCCGCGAUAGCUAGACUGAAAGAUGCUUUGACCAAAACAAGAGAUGCUGGCCGCGUCACACCAGACAUGAUAGAGGCUCUCCCCGUCGAACUCAAUUUGAAACAUCCUGAUCAAUCAAAACCUAAAGGAAAGGGAGAGCAUCCACACCAUGAACGAACCAAGCUUGGAGACAUUGCAUCAGUAGUGCCAAAAGGUGGUCGUAUGCUACAAGUCUUUGCUGCAGAGGAAGGCCAUGUGAAGCCACUCACCUCCGCAAUCAUGGCCUCCGAUCAUUCUCUGACUCCCGAGGUUGACAAGAACAACUCCCUGCUCAUUCUUGUGCCUGUACCACCUGCUACCUCGGAGACUCGAGCUCAAGCUGCUGCAGAAGCAAAGAAGUGCUUCGACAAGGCCAGUUUGGAAGUCAGAAAUGCAAGAGGAGAUGCACAGAAGAGGCAUCGGAAAAUGGAGCUAAACAAGCUGGUCAUCAGAGAUGAGUUGGCCAAGGCUCACAAAGGAAUGGAAGAGAUCGCCCGAAAAGGCCAAGAAGAGGUCAAGAAAGUCUAUGAAAAUGCCUUGAAGGCUUUGCAGCAAUAG